AUGUCGCUCGCACGCACGAUCAAUGCUAUCCGCAAGGACGGCCUGCGCAAGUUCUGGCGCGACCUCAACUACAUUGGUGAUGCCAAGACCGGUCGUCUCGUCGGCAUCGACAGGAACGGCAACAAGUUCUACGAGAACCACAACGAGUUCAACCUGAGGCAUCGAUGGGUGGACUACGUGGCGGACAACGAGUUUAACGCUUCCCAAGUCGAUCCGUUGUGGCACUCGUGGUUGCACCACAUCCGCAAGGAUCCGCCUCACGAGGACGCAGGCAUUCAGAAGAUGACCCAGUCCUGGAUGACCGCACCACGAGAAAACAUCACAGGCUCGCGCGGCUCCUUCAAGACCUACAACACCGUCAAGCCCAAGAUCAACGCAUGGGAGCCAAAGGUCGCCCAGCGAGGUUGA